AUGUUGAACCAAGCCCUCAUAUUCGGCGUGCUAGCUAGUACGGCCCAACUCGCACGAGCCAGUGUACCGCGAUAUGCUCAAAAGAUCAGUCCCAUUUCUUUCGCCGUAUUAGACACAGUACCUACUGGCACCCAAUUCAACGGAACUUCUCAUUUUAUUCCACCUGGAACGACAUCAGAUUCAUUAAAAGCUAAACCAUUCCACAUAUACGAUGAUUCAUUUUAUGAUAUCAUAGGAUCAGAUCCCACCUUGACUCUCUUGGCUUAUACAGCUACGGAUCCUAUCUUCCACGAAGCUGUGGUCUGGCACCCAGAAACAAACUCGGUUUAUUUCGCUCAAAAUGCGGGACCUGUAGCUGCAGGUACAGGUCUCAAUAAAUCUGCUAUAGUACAGAAAAUAUACCUUGAUGAUGCUGAGAGAAUAGUCAAACAAGGAAAUGGAAGUGGUUAUGUUAAUGUUACUACUGUUGAUUCCGGUGUUCGAGUUAUAAACCCUAAUGGAGGAACGAAUUUCCGUGGAAAAAUAGUCUAUACAGCCGAAGGACAAGGAAAUGAUAUUCCACCUGCGCUAUACCUCAUUGACCCAAACAACCACGAUAACACAACAGUGAUCAUGAACAAUUUCUAUGGAAGACAAUUCGAUUCUCUGAAUGACGUAGCUGUUAAUCCAAGAAAUCACGAAUUAUACUUUACGGAUGGACCUUUCGGUUGGGUACAAGCUUUUAGACCUAAUCCAGUUUUACCCACUCAAGUGUAUAGGUUCAAUUAUGAUACCGGAGUUGUCAGAGCUGUAGCCGAUGGCUUCCAUAUGACUAACGGAAUCACAUUUUCACCUGAUGGAAUGUACGCUUAUGUCACUGAUUCAGGUGUAAGCUCUGGUUUCUGGGGAUAUAAUUACACCAAUCCAUCUACUAUAUAUCGAUACGAUGUGAAUGACGAAGGUAAUUUCUCCAAUCGACAAUUGUUUGCAUAUAACGAGAUCAGAGUUCCAGAUGGUAUUCAUUGCGACGUCCAUGGAAAUGUAUACGUCGGUACAGGAGAUGGUAUCAACGUAUAUAAUCCAUCCGGUCUAUUGAUAGGAAGGCUAUACCUCGGUACCACUUCUGCAAAUUUCGCUUUUACAGGUAAAGGCAAAAUGGUUGUCUGUGCAGAAACCAAAUUAUGGUACGUUAACUGGAAUGCAGAAGGUGCCGAUAUCACCUCGAAUGCAUAUUCUGGUUGA